AUGGUAAAGCGCAAGCAGAGGGCACCCGUCACCCGCGCAAGCACAACCGAAAAAAGACCGUUGAAUCACCCAGACUGGGUAUUGGUGGCUAGUGAGGAUACAAUGGGGCACAUAUCAGAUGAUGACAGUAAAGCUUCAUCGGUAAAUCUCGCGCUCAUUGACGAUAGCGAACAAGAUAUAGUCAGUGUAACUGACGAGCCGAAGCUGGUUGAAAUGGCGGCGGAGGUGGGGGCCGCUGCGGCAGACACCAUAGCCGCUGCCAAGGAUUCACAGCGCUCAGAGGACUCGCUAAAGCCACUGCCACACCAGGACUGUAUGCGUAAGGUGAAAUCCUAUGCGCAACUGUCGUCAACGGCACAUGGAGUGCGCAUGCUAUGCAAGAACAUAUCUAACACCCGCGUGAGUAUCCAGGUGGAGAGUUUGAUGAUAGUUACGAAAAAGCACGACCGGUCGUUGAUAUACCUAACCCGGGAGAUGGUGGAAUGGCUGCUGGUGAACUUUCCCUCGACAGAUGUCUACGUCAACGAGAGCCUGAAGGGCAGCAAACGGUUCAACGAGAAAGAGUUAAUCAAGGACAGUAAAUGUGCAAAAAGCAGCAUCAAAUACUGGACGCCAGAGCUGGUGAGCGAGCGCGGGGACCUAUUCGACAUGAUUAUCACAUUGGGUGGUGACGGCACAGUAUUGUACGUUUCUUCUAUAUUUCAGCAGGAUGUGCCGCCAGUUAUGUCCUUCGCGCUAGGUUCGCUGGGGUUUCUGACCGUCUUCAAGUAUGAGAACUUCCGCGAGGAUCUGAGCAAGGCACUGCAGUCUAAAAUCCGGACUAACAUGAGGAUGCGUCUGUGUUGCAAGGUAUACCGUCGGCUGCCUUGCUCUAGCAGUAAGGGAAACAAGAAGAAGUACGAAUACGUAGAGACGCACCACAUUCUAAAUGAACUGACGAUAGACCGAGGUCCAAGCCCGUUCCUGUCCAUGCUGGAACUCUAUGGCGAUCAUUCGCUCCUGACAGUGGCCCAAGCAGAUGGGCUAAUCAUUGCUACACCUACAGGUUCGACUGCAUACUCGUUGAGUGCAGGUGGUUCCCUGGUAUAUCCUAGCGUAAACGCUAUCUGUGUCACACCAGUUUGCCCACAUACGCUCAGUUUCAGACCCAUUAUUCUACCUGACAGUAUGCGACUGCGCAUCAAGGUACCCAAGCGCUCGCGAGGUACCGCCUGGGCAGCUUUCGAUGGUAAAAGCAGGGUGGAGCUGCAAAAAGGCGACUAUAUAUCCGUUACGGCAAGUCCUUACUCAUUCCCUACCCUCGAGCAUUCCCCCACUGACUUCAUCGACAGCAUUCGCCGCACACUGAACUGGAACUCGCGCGAACCGCAGAAGUCAUAUGCACAUAUGCUCUCACAGAAAAACCAGCUGCGUUAUGAGAGCGACGCUUGCCACAAAACCCCGACGUCCAGCGACUCAGCCGAUGACAAAUCUGCAUCCGAUCCAGAAGAACCGGCCCCCACGGAGCAGCAGCCUGCAGAUAGCGGCAGUGACAGCAGCAGCAACACAGGCCGUGACAGCUUGGUGCUCCGCCGCGCACCAAACCGCAGACGGAAGGGCCGCAGGCCGGCUUGCCGCAGACCUGACUAG